GCGCCCCGUGACAAGUUCGACCUUGGAGGGCCGUUGUAGGUCAAAUUUCAGCAGAUUUUCAAUUGGAAGUCGCAGAGCAAAGCCAAUAGGCGGCUGAUUAAGUGUCCACAAUUUUCCGCAGAUUAAUCCAAACUACUAAUAAUAUGGGUGGCAAGUACAAGAUCGUGAUGGUCCGCCACGGCGAGUCCGAGUGGAACCAGAAGAAUCAGUUUUGCGGAUGGUUCGACGCCAAUCUCAGCGAGAAGGGCAAGGAGGAGGCUCUGGCCGCCGGCAAAGCCGUCAAGGAGGCCGGUCUGGAAUUCGAUGUAGCCCACACCUCGGUGCUGACCCGCGCCCAGGUGACCCUCGCCAGCAUCCUGCAGGCCAGCGGCCACAAGGAGAUCCCCAUCCAGAAGACCUGGCGUCUGAACGAGCGCCACUACGGUGGACUCACUGGCCUGAACAAGGCCGAGACGGCCGCCAAGUACGGUGAGGCCCAAGUACAGAUCUGGCGCCGCAGCUUCGACAACAAAUUAAAUAAUAAUACGUGGGUGAAAGGAAUGAAAGUAGUAGUGUUAUGA